UUCACCAUUCCUUGACAAUUUUCAGUGGUUUAUUUUUCUCCAGCCGGCGACACUGACGCUCCCGUUUCCUCUGCAGGCUUGUUUCGGGUCUGCGUGGGGGCGGACGCGGCGCCAGCGGCCAGCGAGCAGCGGCCCGGCAGUGAUGGGCUGUGGGCGUCGUGGCUUCUGAGGCGCGUGAAUCUUGGAGAGCAGCCAGUGGCGCUGAGGGAAGGAAGCACCAGCGGCACCACUGACCUGGAUGCCAGGCCCAGAACAGGACCUGAGCCACGGACGAGCUGCUGUAACGGCGUGGAGGCCCGGCGAGGGAGGCGACGCGUGUAGAUGAGUGUCCGGGACGAGUGACUCAAGACCAGCCGUUGACAGCAGCUUCAGGACCCCCGUGGGCUGAUUCUGAGGGCGUGGCGCCUCCCUUCGUCCUUCAGCGAGUUGAAGACACGCCAGCCGCGGCAGGAUGACCCGCUACGCUGCCCUGCCGGAGCCCGAGGUGGGCGUGUGGCUGCGGCUCUACAUCUACGGCCUUCACGGCUUCCUGAUCGAGGUUCUCUUUACCGCCGUCUGGGACUUCGUCGUGCACCGAGACUGGGCGCUCGUGGGUAGUACAAGCGUCUGGUCGCUGUUCAUCUAUGGCGUAGGCAGCCUGGUGGUGGAGCUGCUGUACCGUCGCUGUUACACCUCUCUGCCGCUGCCCCUGCGAGGACUCUGCUACGUCGCCUGGAUCUACCUGUGGGAGUUCUCGACAGGUCUGUUGCUACGGCAGUACGGCGCCUGCCCAUGGGACUACACGGAGAGGCGAUACAACCUUCACGGGCUCAUCACACUCGAGUACUUCCCCGCCUGGUACCUCGCCUCCAUCCUCACCGAGCAGUUCCUCAUCCACAACCUGCUCUUCCUCUCCCUCUAUUCGCAGGACUCCCACAACCGGCUGCACCACAAGGGAUAGAAGAGGACACAGGGCGAGAAGGAGAGUGGUGAGAGGGCGGUGUGGCGGUUGUCAGGGUGUGAGAGUGUAGCGAAAAGACGGAGGAGGUGCGGGGCGGUGAUGGACGUGGGUGUAAGUUGGGUUCAGGGCAAAGGGAAGUCUUGUCUUUCUCUGUUAUAAGAAAAUGUUGAUAGUAAUAUUUUAUCUCUUGUUCCCUAGACGUAAAUUCAUUCUUCAGAGUCUAUUUUUCGAACCGCGACCUGACUGUCAUAUGUGUUUUUGUGUUAGUGGAUCGAGAUUUGUCGUUGUCAUCGCCGUGUGUUCUUGUUGAAGAUUUUAAACGCAGAUAAAUUAUAGCUACCAAGAGAGAGUCGCUUCUUCGUUCUUAGGCUCCGCAGUGGUCGGUGUUCACUUGGUUCUGUUCCUAACGCGAAAAGUCAAUGGGCAGUAUUACAAGACACUCGCUUUUCACAUUAUCUAUUUCUAAAGGUCAAAGAGGGGGUCAAUUGGGAUCUAAUGAGUGUUUCUACAGGCUCAUCGUACAGAGGAAGGGUCACACUACCACCAGGGUCAUAGAACUGCUCCUGGAAAUGCCCACAACUCAUACGAAAGCCUUGUCAAAUUAGUGUUCCUGGACGAUGAAAUGUCUUAUAAUACGGCCCAAUGUUGUACGCUUACUCUUAUGAUUUCCUUGGCGGUUUUGAUGGACGGGGAACAAAAGGGAGGGGAAUAAUAUGUUGAAAUUUAAUAUAUAUGAAUGUCCAGUGAAGUAACGGUGGUCGAUUCUGUGCGCUAAUCUGAGGUUGGAGUUAUUAUUUAUAUUUUUACUUAUUUUUAGUAUCAGUAGUGCGCAGAGGAAACCGAUGUUAUCUCAAUCUUUGGUUUAGAGGCGAAGAUAUUACCUGAGGAAUGAAAGACAAGGUGUAUAAGAUUAUUUUAACGUCAUAUCCAAAGGCAAGUCUGUUUUUCAUCAUAUCGACGAAAUAAUGGCUUUCAUUACUCUAUUUUCUGAGACUAAAUGAAUUGGAAACAUCGCUAAGUGAAUGUUUUUUUUUUCUUAUACGUAAUGGAAGAUGCGUUGGGUGUGAGGGAAUCAUGUACCUAAUGACGCUAAUUCUUUUUUUUCUGAGAGUAAAUUAGUUGGAAAUGUAAUCGCUGAGUGAAUGUCUUUUUAUAACGUCAUGCUAGAUUUGUUCGAUGCAGGGGAAUUGUUAGACAUAUUGUUUCUGAAGCUAAAUGAACCGGGAAUGCAGUGAUCUGACUUUUUAUGCUAGGGGCGUUGGGAAGGUCACGAGAGAAAGAGGAAUGGGCAGAAUAUUGUACAGGGUGAGAAUGUUAAUAUACUCUUGUAACAGUACGGUUGGAGAAAGGAAUUUGGUCAUGUUGAGGUAAAUGAGGCGACUUACAGAAUUACAAAAGUCGCACGGGUAAAUUAGAGACUUGUUCAGGUUAAUAAGGAAACAUAGAAAAUUACAAAGGGCGAAGGGGGGAAGCUAGAGUCUUAUUGAGGUUAAUAAAGCGACAGAGAAUUACAAAGGGCGAAGGGGAAAGUUAAAGUCUUGUUCAGGUUAAUAAGGUGACAGAAAAUUACAAAGGUCGAAGGGGGAAAUAGGGUAGAAGGAUAAAUGAAAGUUCUUUGUAAGUCAAGGGAAUUAAAUGUUUUCUGAGGGCCAGGAAGGAAAAUAGAGGAUGAAUGACGGGGGAAAAAAUGGUCCGCAAGUCGAGAAGAGAAAUAAUUAAGGAUAAACUAGGGAAAAAUAUUAAAACAAAUUAUUAAUGGUAAAGACUGCUCAUUAUUUAUUUGUGUUAAGUGUUUAUUGUGGUAUUUAAGUAUUUAUUUAACUAACUAUUCUUUUUAUUAAUUUAUUUAUUUAUGUUACUGUUUUGUGUUAUCAGUAAUUUUAACUUAUUUAUGCGUUUAUUUUUUCCCAGUAUUCAAUUUUCUACGUCACUCUUUUUUUUCUUGUUAUGUUAAAGUCACAAUAAGAACGACAGUUAACAGAAACACGACUACAUAUUAAACACACACACACACACACACACACACACACACACACACUAAUACAUAACGUUUCUCCCUCAUUCACAAUACCGGGUCACGUACAUUCCGUUCUAUGGCGUCUCCUUUUCGUUCGUUAUUCGGGGUCACACACGCAUUGAUAGAGGGAUUUUUUUUCCUUCACAAUUUCAAGUAACAUAUAUAUAAUGAUUGAUGUCGCUUCUUCUUCGUUUGCAAUAAUCCUAAGUCCCAUACAUUCCGUUAUUUGGCGUCUCUUUCGUUCGUUAUUCGGUGUCACACACGCACUGAUAGAUGGAUUUUUUUUCCCUCACAAUUUCAAGUCACAUAUAUAAUGACUGAUGUCGCCUCUUUUUCAUUUGCAAUAAUUCUAAGUCCCAUACAUUCCGCUUCUUUUUCGUUCGCUAUUCAGGGUCACACACGCACUGAUAGAUGGAUUUUUUUUUUCUUCAUUCACAAUUUCGUUACAUAUAUACUCUCCCUUUAUACGUUUGCAAUUCUAAUUCACACGCAUUCCAUUAAAGAGCUUUCCAUAUCAUAGUUUCACUCGGUCACACACCAGAGGGAAAGCCGGACUCCGCUGUGCUGUUGGAAUUCAUUACCGAACCGACAGUCAUUAUAUUCACGAUUAGCAUUACCCAGCGAGCUUGCCUUGACCUCACUUAGCAAAACAAAUUACUGUAUAACGAGACACUAAAGGUGAUGGUCUGCCUUCCCGCUGUUGCCUUCACUCUUUCAUCACCGCCCGGAGAGAUGUAUUGGCGCACACUGUCUGAGCGUGUCUGAUUUAUUUUACGAACAAAGGGAGAGACUAAGGAUUAUACGUGAUACAAGAAUAUAUGCCCAUUAUACGCUGUCCCUCUAUUACAGUGUUGCCAGAUUGCCGUAUUAACCACAUGGUAUUCCGCGGUUUUUGACACUUAGCUACUGUAAAAAAGACGUCAUUAAUUAAACAUUUCAACGAUAACUAUAAAUGGAUGUAGUUUUGGGGGCGGUGAAGACAGUUUUUGGUUCCGAAAUCGGCAAAUAUUAGAGGACAAUCUGGCAUCUGCGAUCUCCCUCCAGUGUGUCUGCGAAAGGUCAGAAAAUGGAAAAAAAAUAUGAAAGUCAACAAACAGAAAAAUAACUCAAUUUCACCUGACCUUUCCUCCGCGUCACGCCCUCUCUCUCGCCAUGCACGUUUAGUCUUCCUCUCCACUCCCUCCUCUAGACUCACCUCAACUCACACUUCCUCUGUUUACUCUCCUAUUACCAAGAACAGCUGUUGAAGAAGUGUUUCUGUAGGGAAUAAGUGUUGGGUUAUGACUCCUUGAUUUAGAAUACAAAGGAAAAAACGGAGAAGAAAUAGAGAGAGAAGGAAAACCGUAUUUCAUCUUAGUGUUAUCUCGUAAGGAACUCUUGAAGGGCGUCUCUAAAGUGAAUAUAUGUUGAGUUCUGACUUCAUGAUUCGGCCACGACGGCAAGAAUGGAGAUGAAGUGGCCCUUUAUGUUAAUGUCACACCUUAUCUGAUGGGGAGACAGAGGAUCAAUGGUUUCUGUAUCGACAUUAAUGCGCUCUGUUUAGGUUAUAUACUGAAGGUCACGGAAGGAGGUCUUGAUAUUUGUCACGCGUUAUCUGGUGGGGAACUUACUCACUGGUUUCCGAAUCGAUAUAUGCUCUGUUUAGGCUGUAUGCUGAAGGUCACGACGAGAGGAAGGGGCAGAGACGGACCUUCUUAUUGAUUGAUCUUGUUGUUUGUCAAGUGUUAUCUGAUGGGGAACUUGCUCACUGGUUUCCGAAUCGAUAUAUGCUCCGGUAAGGCUUUGUACUGAAGGUCACGACGAGAGGAGAGAGACAGGUUUUCUUAUUCAUUGACCUUGUUGUUUGUCAGGUGAUAUCUGAUGGGGAACUUGCUCACUGGUUUCCUUAUCGAUAUAUGUUCAGUUUAGGCUCACGGAUGAAGGUCAGGGUGGGAGAACACAAGAACAUAAGGAGAGGUGAGACGAGCGUACUUAUUGAUCUCUUGCAAAAACACCUGGGGCAAGUAUUCAUAUAUAAUUGUACAGUUUGGGUUUUCAUUAAGUCAAUACACGCGCGGUAAUAUCUUCCCUCAAGGAGUCUUAUUACUGAAGUUAUUGUAAUAUCGAUGGGAAGUCAAGGCCGUCUGGUUUUGUGCUUCUGCGAGAGUGUUAUUGACGCAUUGAUUGGCUCUUGUUUUCAUUCGUAAUAAGCGGAACUAGGAACCUGCUACCAUGCGCGUGUUAUUAUUAUUAUUAUUAUUAUUAUUAUUAUUAUUAUUAUUAUUAUUAUUAUUAUUAUUAUUAUAUGUUGUUUAUUAUAAUUGUCCGCGAGGAGAAUAAAUAUUACCGCAUGAACUAUUUUCUUCAUUAUAAGCAGGAUUUGCAGUCAGUAUGUUUUGCACGAGAGAAAAAAAAACCAUAACAGCCAUUAAUUAAAUAUUGAGUUUGCGAAGUAAUGAGCCGUUGAUUAUCUGUUCAUGCUAAUUAGGAGCACUUUUAUAAAACGAAUCACGUCAGAGAGCACGAAACUUUGUGUACCGAAUCGUAACAGAAGAAAGUUAUAAGCAGUGAAAUCUCUGUGUGGUGAAGCAAUUCGCGGUUACUGUUCUCGGUAGAAAGCGUAACAUUUCUGCUUGUCAUGGGUGAACGAUUAUGGGAUAUGUUUAAAGACCAGAAAAUUCAAAUAUAGAAUAAUAUAACCUUGAGUUGGGUGAUGAUUUCCCUUGAACGAUUAGGGAUAUGUUUAAAGACUAGAAAAUUUAAAUGUAGAAUAAUAUAGCCUUGAGUUGAAUGAUUUCCCUUGAACGAUUAGGGAUAUGUUUAAAGACUAGAAAAUUUAAAUGUAGAAUAAUAUAGCCUUGAGUUGAAUGAUUUCCCUUGAACGAUUAGGGAUAUGUUUAAAGACUAGAAAAUUUAAAUGUAGAAUAAUAUAGCCUUGAGUUGAAUGAUUUCCCUUGAACGAUUAUGGAAUAUGUUUAAAGACUGGAAAAUUCAAAUGUAGAAUAAUAUAGCCUUGAGUUGAAUGAUUUCCCUUGAACGAUUAUGGAAUAUGUUUAAAGACUGGAAAAUUCAAAUGUAGAAUAAUAUAGCCUUGAGUUUGACAGUGAUUUCCCUUGAACGAUUAUGGGAUAUGUUUAAAGACCAGAAAAUUCAAAUAUAGAAUAAUAUAGCCUUGAGUUGGGUGGUGAUUUCCCUUGAACGAGUAUGGGAUAUGUUUAAAGACUAGGAAAUUCAAAUGUAGAAUAAUAUAGCCUUGAGUUUGACAGUGAUUUCCCUUGAACGAGUAUGGGAUAUGUUUAAAGACUGGAAAAUUCAAAUGUAGAAUAAUAUAGCCUUGAGUUUGACAGUGAUUUCCCUUGAACGAGUAUGGGAUAUGUUUAAAGACUGGAAAAUUCAAAUGUAGAAUAAUAUAGCCUUGAGUUGAAUGAUUUCCCUUGAACGAUUAUGGAAUAUGUUUAAAGACUGGAAAAUUCAAAUGUAGAAUAAUAUAGCCUUGAGUUUGACAGUGAUUUCCCUUGAACAAGUAUGAGAUAUGUUUAAAGACUGGAAAAUUAAAAUGUAGAAUAAUAUAGCCUUGAGUUGAAUGAUUUCCCUUGAACGAUUAUGGAAUAUGUUUAAAGACUAGAAAAUUCAAAUAUAGAAUAAUAUAGCCUUGAGUUGAAUGAUUUCCCUUGAACGAUUAUGGAAUAUGUUUAAAGACUAGAAAAUUCAAAUAUAGAAUAAUAUAGCCUUGAGUUGGGUGGUGAUUUCCCUUGAACGAUUAUGGGAUAUGUUUAAAGACUAGAAAAUUUAAAUGUAGAAUAAUAUAGCCUUGAGUUGAAUGAUUUCCCUUGAACGAUUAUGGAAUAUGUUUAAAGACUAGAAAAUUCAAAUAUAGAAUAAUAUAGCCUUGAGUUGGGUGGUGAUUUCCCUUGAACGAUUAUGGGAUAUGUUUAAAGACUGGAAAAUUAAAAUGUAGAAUAAUAUAGCCUUGAGAUGGAUGGUGAUUUCCCUUGAACGAGUAUGGGACAAGUUUAAAGACUAGAAAAUUUAAAUGUUGAAUAAUAUGGCCUUGAGUUUGACAGUGAUUUCCCUGGUGGUGGUGACGAAAAAACAGAUUAUUAACAAGUUUCAACUUAUCCAUGACCAAAGCAGAGAAGCAACAACAAGAAAUCAACAACAAAGAAUUAGUAACGUUUGAUCUUUCUGACUUUAAAUAUAACAACUUUGUUUUAUGAUUCUCAACAAUAUCAUUUUUUUUUUUUUUUUUAAUGGCUGACGGAGGAAAGGAAUAACGAACACGAAUACAACAAACAUCAUCUCACUAACUCAAUACAUCGACUAUUUUUUUGGUGCAGCGGUGUCCCAGAAAAGCGUGGAGCGUCCAGAACAGACUGAUUUCAUUUUAAUAACGCUCACUUAAUACAGCGUCCGCAUUUUUACCUUCCUGUUUUUACGGCCCCUAAUCAAUAUCGACUCAGUGGUGACGUGACGGGAGCGGGAAGAGACUUAAAAUAACCUUCUAUUGUUAGCCAUAAUUUUGUCUUUUGGAUCUGUUACACUUAACCUCUCCUGCUGCCUUUGAAAAUAUCCAGUUACAAUAAUAUUUUUCAUUAACAUGUUGCGAGAAAACUUACAAUGCUCUUACCUGACAAUUAUUAAACAGAGCAAGCCAUCAUGAUCAAAUUUCAGUUCCAGGACAAAAAAUGAGGAAAUGCGAAAGUACAAACUGAAGAUGUGUUAAAACUGUACUUGUAGCAGUAACAUAAUCCGCUCAUCAAGCUCAGCCAGCAUCGAUUCUGUAGUGGAGACGUUGUUGCCGAGUGUUCCCAUUAUUAAGCAUUAAGCCGUCACUAUCCAAUUCCAGUUCCGUGACAUAAAAAAAAAAAAAAAACAAGCGAAAGUACAAACGAAAGAUGUGUUCAAACUAUGCGUGCGCCAGUGUCAUAAUCCGGUCAGUAAGAAUAGCCAGUGACGGUUUUGAACUGAACACGUCGAUGGUAACUGUCCCCGGUAUAAAACAGUUACCAAUCACUAUCAAAUUCCAGUUCCGUGACAACAAAAGAGAGAAUGCGGAAGUUUAAAAUGUAGAUAUGUUGAAGCCAUGCGUGAGGGAUACCCAGCAACGAUUCUGAUAUAAACACGUCAUUGGUAACUGUCCCCGGUAUAAAACAGUUACCAAUCACUAUCAGAUUUCUGUUCCGUGACAAAAAAAGAGGAAAUGCGGAAGUUUAAAUUAUAGAUAUGUUGAAGCCAUGCGUGAGGGAUACCCAGCAACGAUUCUGAUAUAAACACGUCAUUGGUAACUGUCCCCGGUAUAAAACAGUUACCAAUCACUAUCAGAUUUCUGUUCUGUGACAAAAAAGAGAGAAUGCGGAAGUUUAAAUUGUUGAUAUGUUGAAACCAUGCGUGAGGGAUACCCAGCAACGGUUCUGAUAUAAACACGUCAUUGGUAACUGUCCCCGGCAUUAAACAGUAACCCAUCACUGUUAUUAAAUUUCAGCUUCGUGACAAAAAAUAGGAAAUGCGGAAGUUAGAAGUAAAGCUGUGUUGAUUCCAUCCGUGCGUUCAGUAAGUUCAACCAGUAGCGUCAUGAACUAAACAUGUUGGUAAGUGUCGCCGUAUCAAACAGCAACCCAUCACUGUAAAAUUUCAGUUUCGUGACAAAAAAAAAAGGGAAUGCAUAAGUUAGAAGUAAAGCUGUGUUGAUGCCAUCCGUGCAGGAGUGACAUAAUCCCCUCAGUAAGGCUAUCCAGUGAAGGUUCUGAACUAAACACGUCGUUGUGAGCGCCUCCGAUGAACCAGACUGGACCGGCGAGUGAGCAGCCCCUUUAAUGCUUAGAUCCCGGGGUGGACGUCAAUUUUCUCGCGUGCGGAAGAGAACCAACUCAUCCGACUUAGCGCGAUCAAUAUUCAUCAGGGUUUUCCAGACGUUUGCGUGGCGUGGCGAAGUCUUGGCUAAGCGGGAGGGAUGAGGGGGCAGAGAGAGAGAGGGAGAGAGGGAGAGAGAGGAGGGUUACUUGUACGAAGUGACUCGCAAUUCAUUUACCUGGAAUCCUGUCCUCAUCUCAUCUGUACACACACACACACACACACACACACCACCACGUCAUUUAUAUAUAUUUACUUUUACUUUUACAGUCUUAUAAUCGUGUUGACAUGCUAUAUUCAUCUAAUUUUAUUACUAUUAUUAUUAUUAUUAUUAUUAUUAUUAUUAUUAUUAUUAUUAUUAUUAUUAUUAUUAUUAUUAUUAUUAUUAUUAUUAUUAUGGUCUAAGUUCUUGUGUCUCAUAAAAAAUCUUUACCCAGACGACUGUUUCAUGUGGGGAGAGUUUUUUUUUCCUGGUUUUCUUUCCCGCUUUCUUUUUUAGCCUUUGUGUCUGGAUGGGUUCGGAGCACGCGAGGGGAGCCAGGAGUUGCUGCCGCCGCUCCGUGGGGUCACGAGAACCCUUCAUUCAUGUCCUAAAACGUGUAAGAAUUCUCCGGAAGGAUGUCGGUAGGGAGGGGAAAGACCGCGUGUCACAGGAUAGCAUGAGAAACGGGAUCGAGCCGUCUGAGGUUGUGAGAUAAAGAGAUAAGAGUGGGUAUUGAAAGGGAGGUAGAGAGGAGUGAAUGCAUGUUUCAGGAUGCCAUGAUGAACGUGAUAAGGUCUUCUGAGAUUGUGAGUUGAGAGAUAAAGAGAUACAGAGUGUUAAGAGGGAGAUGUGAUAAGGGUUUCGGAGACGUGAUGAGGAUUGAAAAAUAAAGAUAGAAAGCAAAAAAGGAGGGUAAUACGAGAUAGCAGAGAGAUAUUAAUAGCGAUAAGAAGGAGAAGAAAGGAAUGGGGAUGAAAUUAUAAACGUUAGAAGGUAAAGAGAUCUCAGAGAAGGUCAAGAGGGUUAUGUGAUAAGGGUUUCGGGGUUGAGAAAUAUAGAUAGAAAGCAAAAAAGGGGUGUAAUACGAGAUAGAAGACGAAUAUUAAUAGCGAUAAGGAGGAGAAGAAAGGAAUAGGGAAGAAUUAUAAACGUUAGAAUGUAAAGAGAUCUCGGAGAAGGUUAAGAGGGAGGAAUGAUAAGGCUUUCAAGGACGUGAUGAGGAUUGAAAAUUAUAGAUAGGAAGCAAAAAAUGAAGAUAACGAGAUAGUAGACGAAUAUUAAUAGCUAUAAGGAGGAGAAGAAAGGAAUAGAGAGAAUAUAAUAAACGUUGAAAAGGUAAAAAGUGCUCAGAGAAUGUUUAAAAGAGGCGAGACAUAAGACUUCUCAAUGUUUCUUUACUAAAUGUUACAAUAAAAGUUUGGGAAAUGCGGAGGGGGGGAAAAAAGAAGUGUAUUUACUGUUUCUUUCUUUAUUGUUACGAGUGUUCGAUAAUCAAUGGCAACACUUACGAGGCAUCCUGAGAGAGGUGUGUGUUGUGUUGUGUUGCGCCCAGAGACAAUACGUGUAGAUGGUUCGAGGUGAUCGUCUAGUCAUUCGUGAUAAUCUUCGUUCCGUUCAUGUUUUUAGCGAGUUGUAUCUUUUAAGGGAAGCGAAUUAAUGUGUUUUUAUGAAGGUUUAGAAUCGAUAACUAUACACGAUUCGUUUUUUUUUUUUUUUUUUUUGCU